GUGGCCUCUGUCAUGUGACGCCUGCACCUGACAGGAACAGUUGUCCGACCGUCAGUGCUGGUGAGAAGGCUGAAAUUGGAGUCAUGUCUGCUGUUAGAUCUGGACAACACACUCGUCCGAUGUGUUAUCUGCUGCUACUGAUGAUCCUCCAGCUUGGCCUCCACACAGCGGAGGGAGUGUGGCCGCUACCCCAGACUCUGAUCUCCUCCACGGAGCGCUUCCCUCUGAGCCCUCAGGCUUUCUACUUUGGCUACGGAAGUCAGUCAGCCGCCCGGCAGGGCUGCUCUGUUCUCGAUGCUGCUUUCAAGAGAUACUUUUCUCUGAUUUUCCCUGACUACACUUCUGGUCGGUGGAAUUUAUUCAGCGACAAAAACGAAAAGGAUGGUACUCUGCGAUUCAGUGUGGACAAACAAUUUACCGUUGAAGUCAGUGUCGACCACGAUGACUGUGACGGUUACCCGAAUGAAAGCUCAUCUGAGAGAUACAAUCUGAGUGUCUUUUCUGGUCGAGCAUCUCUGAAAGCAGUAACUGUGUGGGGUGCACUCAGAGGUCUGGAAACCUUCAGUCAGUUGGUGUAUCAGGACGAUUUUGGCUCAUAUUUUGUGAACAAGACUGACAUUGAAGACUUCCCCCGGUUCCAGUUCAGGGGGAUUUUAUUGGACACUUCACGUCACUAUUUACCAGUGCAGGCCAUUUUAAAGACUCUGGAUGCAAUGGCCUACAGCAAGUUCAAUGUGUUUCACUGGCACAUUGUUGAUGACCCCUCCUUUCCUUACCAGAGCUGCACCUUUCCAGACCUUUCCAGUAAGGGGGCUUUCCAUCCGAUGACUCACAUCUACACACAGUCGGAUGUGAGAAGGGUGAUCUCACAUGCCAGGAUGCGGGGAAUAAGGGUCCUUCCUGAGUUUGAUUCACCAGGCCACACUAAAUCUUGGGGAAAAGGGCAGCCUGACCUGUUGACUCCCUGUUACAAAGGGGACAUACCUUCAGGCACCUUUGGUCCAGUUAAUCCAGCUUUACCGUCCACCUACCAGUUCAUGGCAACACUGUUCAAGGAAGUAUCAGUGGUGUUUCCUGAUUCCUUUAUUCACUUAGGAGGGGAUGAAGUCAACUUUUCCUGCUGGAAAUCCAACCCUUAUGUUCGAGCGUUCAUGCAGAAGAUGGGCUUCGGAUCAGACUUCACCAAACUGGAAGCAUUCUACAUGGAGAACAUUAUAAACAUCACUUCAGCUCUCAACAAGACAUCCAUCGUAUGGCAGGAUGUUUUUGACUACCAUGAGCGACGCAGUUCUCUGUCAGUGGUGGAGGUGUGGAAGGAGGGUUGCUACCUGUGUGAGGUACGCAGGGUGGCUAAAGCAGGGCUCAGGGUCAUUCUGGCCUCUCCAUGGUAUCUGGACCUGCCAGGACCAACACACAACUGGGCCCGUUACUAUACUGUGUGGCCUCUCGCCUUCAAGGGUCAGAACAAAACCUGUGUGCUGUGAUGGGCUGAAGUCGUACUAACUGCUGUGUUGGUUUGUCUCUAAUAAUAACUGACAUGUAUCAUAUGGUUUCCUGUAUAAUACAUGAGAAAUAUGUGCAGAAUUUUUUGAGUACCACAAAAAUAGUAAUGCAACACAAAGUUUUCCAUUUGUAGCAGUACCACUAGGUGGCAGAGCGGUGCCAUUUAUGCAAUAACAACUAUUGUGUCCCACUUCCACGUAUACUAAUUUAAAGACUUAUUUAACAAUCUUAUGAUACCAUAGACUGUGUACUUAAGAUUAGUGUGUCGAGGGAAAGUGGGGCACAGCUACACAGUGGCAUGACUGUUGUGGUGAAAGCACACAAUGCUGUCUAGUGUAAAGCUUUAAUGGCUAACAUGCACAAUCUUUCCCCUGGACAAAAAAUAUUGACAUUGAUGAGCAAUUUUGCACAAUUCAUUGUGUCAAAUUACACUGCAAAAGAAAAGACCGACCAGAGAUGGCUUAUCGGAUAAACAUUCCAGUGAUCAUUCAUCAUUUGUGUUGACUUACUAAAUAUUUCAGCUGAAAACAGUUUCCAGCAGAAGUGAGUUUUUGAUGGUAUUUCGCAUGCAUUCGUCUGACCUCAUCUGGAGCUGGUCUUUCACAUGUUUCCACUGCUGCUGCUGUCAGACCAGCCUUGUAUUAACAUUAUGCAGUCAUUCCCAAAACUGCACAGCUUAGAGGAAGUUGUUUGCAAGUUAUUGAUGGAUUUUGUCUGUACAAUAGUGAACAUUACCGCGAUAAUGAUCAGUUUUGAGACUUAGUUUAGUGUCAUUCUUGUUGGUGGUUUCAGUGAGAAAAUCUGUAGAGCUUAGCAAAACUAAAGUUGGCAAUGAUGUAGAGAAGCAAUAUGCUGACUUUUAGUUUAUUAGCAACCAGCAGCACAACAACUAAUGUCAGGACUGCACUAAAGCUGAGUUCGAUGCUUUCCAAGAUAGAAAAAUAAUUCUUUUCCACAUCUUUCUCUUUCAUCUGGCCCACAUACCAAAAGGAAUGAUGUCCCACUCCUGACUGCCAAAUGUUGGCCACAUGUGGACUGCCCUCUGGCAAUCAUUCUGGUCAUGUGGUGUGUUUGAGCCAAAUGAAUAAUCUGCUAUCUGGGUUGCCCCAUAGGAGGGCUACAAAUUCUUUGAAGCAUGCCUUAGCAGCAACUUGAAUUUGCUGAUAAAAGCUCAUCAAAGAUUUUUUUAAUGUGACUGUUUUCUGACACAUAAAAUAAUUACUGUAAAGAGAUAAAUAGAUACAAAUAUUCAUAAACCAGAUCAGUGGCAGCAUGUUGUUUGUCACCCU